GCACAGGUGUGAUGAUCAACAGUCAAUCAGACCUUCCCCGGCAUUGUCUGAGUAAAGAUGAAGAUAACUGCAACCAAGCAGAGAAAUCUUGUGUUAUACAGGAUAAUCAAGAACCUCCAAAGGAUAAAGAACAAUGUGAACCAUCACAGAAUUUAAAAGACCAUGUGGAACCAGAACUCUUUCAGAUUAAAGAGAAAAUACAAGAGAUACCACAACGUCCAGAGACUGCAGAAGAUUGGGAAGUACUGGAACCAUCACAGUUUACAGAAUAUCAGGAGGAACCAGAACCUUCUCUGGUUAAGGAAGAUCUGGAGGAACCAGAACCUUCUCUGGUUAAGGAAGAUAUGGAUGACCCAGAACCUCUGAAAGUCAUGGAAGUAGAGGAGGAACCAGAACCUUCUCUGGUUAAGGAAGAGCAGGAGGAACCAGAACUUCUAAAAGUCGUGGAAAUAGAGGAGGAACCAGAACCUUUUCUGUUUAAGGAAUAUCUGGAGGAACCAGAACCUUCUCUGGUUAAGGAAGAACAGGAUGACCCAGAACCUCCACAGAUUAAGGAGGAGCAAGUUGAGCUGGGCAUCAGUCAGGAUGAAGAGCAGGUUGAUCUGAAGCAGGAGUCUGAUACCCUGACGGAGAAGAAUGUGUUUGUCGUAGGUGGUCCCAGAGAAGAGAAAUCCUUUUUCUGUCAAGAAUGCAAGAAAAGUUUUCGAAAUGGAUCGAACCUGAAAAUCCACCAGAGGACUCACACAGGAGAGAAGCCGUUUUCCUGCAAAGAAUGUCUCAAAUGUUUCAAUGAUAGUUCUAAUCUGAGAAGUCACAUGAGGACUCAUACAGGAGAGAGGCCGUUCUCCUGUGAAGAAUGCCACAAAUGCUUUAAAGACAGUUCUAAUCUGAGAAGUCACAUGAGGACUCAUACAGGAGAGAGGCCGUUCUCCUGUGAAGAAUGCAGUAAAAGAUUUAGCCUUCGAUCUACUCUCAGAAUCCACAUGAGGAUCCACACGGGAGAGAAGCCCUUUUCCUGUAAAGUCUGCAACAAAAGCUUUAAUGUCAAGUCCUAUCUCAUAUCGCACAUGAGGACUCACACGGGAGAGAAGCCUUUUUCCUGUCAAGUGUGUCAAAGAAGUUUUAGUCAAAGUUCCAACCUCCGAAUCCACAUGUGGACCCAUGCAGAAAAAAAGCCCUUUUCUUGUAAAGAAUGCGACAAAAGUUACAGUCAGAGAUCUCAUCUGAGAAAGCACAUGGAGAACCACAGAAGAUGACUUCUGCAGUAAAAGACUGAAGCUGCAGAUCAUAUUUAUGACAUUUUUUUAAUUCCUCCUGUGGUGUGUUAUUGUCCGUGUUUGUAAAAUACUUUAUCUAAUCCUUGUGCUAUCUUCUGGGUCCAGAUGACCCGACACGUAUAGUGAUGUGUGAUUCCUCCCAUGACAAAGGUGGACAGCAUUUUGUCUGCCACGGACUCCAGUGGAGAAUAAAAAUCCUUAAAAAAAGGUCUUAAAUGUGAAAGUCUUUCAUGUAUCGACACUAGAAAAUACAUAAAGAGUGUCAGUGUGGAGGGGGGGGGGGCGUCUAGGACAGUGUUAGACAAACAAUAGUUCACUUUCUGUCCAUUUAUCAGCACGUUGUCAUGAAUUUAAAAUAAGUCAUUUACAAAUGUAUUCCAUGUUGCACACAACACUUCACAGAGAUGAGUUUAUGGAAAACGUGUUAUUUUAUGGUUCAUCUGAUGUUCCUAUUGGAUGUGAAUGUUGUGGAAUCCUAGAAUCUAGAAUGUCUUCACUUGUUCUUUAUGUUGUAAAAAUAAAGGCAGAUUUAAGUUGAUUA